CUCUGCAAUGUAGUGAGGAGGAGCAGCUCCAAGCCAACUAUAGCUGGUGUUUGCAUGCGCUUUUUUUUUUUUUUUUUUCUCUAGAGCAAGUCUGCUGUGGCGGUUUGUGAGGUGGCAGAACACCCUCUGCAACCUCAACUAACUUUUUAAGCCACUCAGAGACACCACCACCACCACCAGCAGCAGCAGCAGCAGCAGCAGCAGCAGCACCAACAAGAACACAAAGUCUAGAUUAUAAAGACGACUGAUAGGCUGGAAAUAGACCCUUCUGCUGCUGGAAGAAAUCCAAGGCUGACUUUUUUUUUUUUUUUGUGAGUGAGUGUGUGUGUGUGUAUGUGUGUGUGCGUGCGUGUGUGUGUGAGUGUGACAGUGUCUGAGAUACUGCUGCUGCUGCUCUGAAGGGGAGAAUCACACUGCAGUUUGUGAGGAUGGCAGAGUCAAAAAGGAGAUGAAAAGAGGAGAGCUGAGGAGGUUUGUGCGCGGAACUUCACAGUCUUUUGUCCUGAGCUCUCCCUGCACUGUUGGACCGGAGCUGACAAUGAAGAUGAGCGUGGAAUGCAGAUGGAUUGGUCAAGACAAGUUCCCAAUAUAGAGCUUCCUGUUUGGAGUUACACCUGAGAGACACUGUGUCUGAUGGAUUACGGUGUUUUCUAUGAGCUGCUGACAUGAAUUCAGAGGCCAGUGAGACGUGGAAGUGCUCGCCUUCAGGAGAAAUUUGAGACCCGGAUGAGCCCUCGAGCACAACGAGAACAUUUAAGUGAAGGAGACAAACCAUGGACUUGUUAUGGUGUGGCAUCGGACCGACCGUGCGCUUUUAACCCAUUUGUAGCACCCUCUACCCCCACCCCAUGUCACAUCUUUCCCUGAAUUAUGGAAAUUUUGUGGAAGACGCUCACUUGGACACUGAGCCUGGUGGUGAUGGCUGCUUCUGAAUUUCAAAGCGUCAACAGACUUUCACACAACUCUCAAGAGGAGUUCCUGUCCUACCUGCAGCACUACCAGUUGACUGUCCCGGUGCGGGUAGACGAAAACGGAGAGUUCCUGAGCUACACUGUGAAGCAACACCGGCCGGGCCGACGGAGACGGGGGGCCGUGGACCCCAUAAUGGGACCGGUGCCCUCGUUGGACCCGGACCCUCCAGAGUCCCGGCUGUUCUACAGACUGUCAGCCUACGGAAAGCACUUUCACUUAAACCUGACACUCAACCCCCACCUGGUGUCGAAACAUUUUACAGUGGAGUACUGGGGCAAAGAAGGGCUGGAGUGGCGUCAUAACAUGGUAGAUAACUGUCACUAUAUAGGAUUCCUGCGAAAUCAGCACAGCACGACCAGAGUGGCUCUCAGCAACUGCAAGGGCCUGCAUGGUGUUAUAACAACAGAGGAAGAACAGUAUUUAAUAGAGCCAUUAAAGAACAUAUCCUCCACCACCUCCAGUGAAUGGAACCUGGAAGAAGCACAGCAACAUGUUAUUUAUAAAAUGUCUGCCAUUCCCUCACCGCAAGAGCAUAGCCAGGAGUUCAGCUGUGGCAUUUCAGACCUCAUCAAAACCAGUGCACCUUGCCAGUUUAGCACACCUUACCCUGUCCAAACGUCCCCUGUUCCCCAAAAUGACAGCGAGCGGUUGAAUAGCACCCACAGACAGAGACGCUCUGUCAGCACUGAGCGCUUUGUGGAGACGCUAGUUGUCGCCGAUAAAAUGAUGGUCGGUUACCACGGACGCAAAGACAUUGAGCACUACAUCUUAUCUGUAAUGAAUAUUGUCAGGUUGCCAAACUUUACCGUGAUGCCAGUCUAGGAAAUGUUGUGAACAUUAUUGUAACCCGGCUGAUUGUUCUGACUGAAGAUCAGCCUAACCUGGAGAUUAACCAUCAUGCUGACAAGUCUCUGGACAGUUUCUGCAAAUGGCAGAAGUCCAUCUUGUCUCAUCACAGUGAUG